AUGACAACUGAGGCUGUAACUACAGCGAGAUCUACAACUGUAGAACCAGAUGUUGCCACUGACACGUUCACCACUGAGGCUAUAACUACAGGAGGCUCUACAACAGAACCAGAUGUUACAGUAUCCAUUGCUGCAACGUCAGAACAGUCUAUAUCUACUGCACCAGCUGAACAAGAGACUACUCAUGAGGCAGUGUCGGUUUUUCCUUCAACAGAAGAGAAGAUCUCAACAGAGGCACAGGAUGGCAGCACAAUAAUCAUGUCAACGGUUGAAGGAACAACGGAACUUCCAACCACCACAUCGGCAUCCACCGCUGUAACGACGACACAUGAUGACACCACGAUGUCAGUGUCAACUGCUGCAACCACGACAAGUAAAGCUACAACUGGUGAAGAAUCCACACAAGACACAACCACAAGUCCAGUGACAAGUGUUGUAACAAGUACACAGCAUACAACAAUUCCGGUUGAGCUGGAGACUACAGUUUUUCCAACAACGGAGCAUUCGACCGCAGAUGCUACAACGAUCAUUGCCACCACCGAGGCUGUAGCUACAGUUAUGGGCUCAACUAAAGAAGCGAGAAUUACAACUAAAGCAACGAUCAGCACUGAAGCCGUAACUACAAGCGCUACAACUGUAGAACCAGAUGUUACAACUAAAGCAAUAACCACUGAGGCUGUAACUACAGCAAGCUCUACAACUGCAGAACCGGAAAUUACAACAGAUAAGAUCACCACUGACCCUGUAACUACAGUGAGGUCUACAACGGUAGAACCAGAUACAACUAAAACAAUAACCACUGAGGCUGUAACUACAGCAAGCUCUACGAAUGAAGCACCAAGUGUUACAACAAACGUAAUCACUACUGAUUCUGUAAGUACAGCAAUCCCUACGACCGAAGAACCAGAUAGUACAACCUCUACAACUGUAGAACCGAAAUUUACAACAGACAAGAUCACUACUGAUAUUGUAACUACAGCAAUCUCUAGAACUGAAGAACCAGAUGUUACAGCAAUCCCCACAACUGAAGAACCAGGCAUUACAACGAAAAUUGCAUCUACUAAGACCUUAGCUACAGUAAGUCCUACAACAAUACAACCGGAUGUUACAACGGACAUAAGCACCACUGAGACUUCAGCAAGCUUUACAACUGUGGAACCGGAUGGUACAACGAACAUUGCCACAACCGAGGUUGUAGCUACCGAGCAGCCAGAAAUUACAACGGAAGUGAUCACCACAGAGGCCGUAACUACAGCAAGCUCUACAACUAGAGAACCGGAAAUUACAACAUACAUGAUCACUACUGAUGUUGCAACAACAGCAAACUCUAGGACUGAAGAACCGGAUGUUACAGUAAUCCCGACGACUGAUGAACUGGCUUUUACAACCAAAUUAACAUCCACUAAUGCCGUAACUACAGCAAGCUCUACAACUGACGAACCAGAUGUUACAACGAACAUUGCCACAACGGAGGAUGUAGCUACAGUAAGAGUUACCACCGAGGAACCAGAAAUUACAUCAGACAUGGCCACAGACGGUGUAACUACAGCAAGCUCUACUACUGUAGAACCAGAUGUUACAACGGACAUGACAACCACUGAAACCGUAACUUCAGCAAGCUCUACAACUGACGAACCAGAUGUUACAACAUACGUAGUCACCACUGAGGGUGUAACAACAGCAAAGUCUAGGACUGAAGAGCCGGAUAUUACAGUAAUCCCUACGACUGGUGAACCGGCUUUUACAACCAAAAUUACACCCACUAAGGCUUUAGCAACAGUAAGUCCUACAACUGUAGAACCGGAUGUCACAACGGACAUUGCCACAACCGAGGCUGUAGCUACAAUAAGAGUUACCACCGAGGAGCCAGGAAUUACAUCAGACAUGACCACCACUGAGUCAGUAACAACGGCAAGCGCUACAACUGUAGAACCGGAACUUACAACAGACAAGAUCACUACAGACGUUGUAACUACAGAAAGCUCUACAACUGACGAACCAGAUGUUACAACGGACAUGACCACCACCGAGUCCGUAACUUCAGCAAGCUCUACAACUGUAGAACAGGAUGUUACAACGGACAUAAUUACCACUGAUUCUGUAAUUACAGCAAUCCCUACGACCACAGAACCAGAUAGUGCAACGCACAUUGCUACUGCUGUAACUACAGCAAGCUUUACAACUGUAGAACCGUAUGUUACAACGGACAUUGCAAAAACGGAGGCUGUAGCUACAGUAAGAGUUACCACCGAGGAACCCAAAAUUACAACAGACAUGGCCACCACAGACGGUGUAACUACAGCAAGCUCUACAACUGUACAACCGGAAAGUACAACAUACACCACUGAGGCUGUAACUGCUGCAAGCCCUACCACUGUAGAGCCGGAUGUUACAACGGACAUUGCCAAAACCGAGGCUGUAGCGACAGUAAGAGUUACCACCGAAGAAGCAGAAAUUACAACAGACUUGACCACCACUGGGGCAGCAACAACAGCAAGCUCUACAACCGUAGAGCCGGAACUUACAACAGACAAGAUCACUACUGAGACUGUAACUACAGCAAGCUCUACAACUGUAGAACCGGAUGUUACAACGGACAUUGCCAAAACCGAGGCUGUAGCUACAGUAAGAGUUACCACCGAGAAACCAGAAAUUGCAACAGACAUGGCCACCACAGGCGGUGUAACUACAGCAAGCUCUACAACUGUAGAACCGGAAAUUACAACGGACAUAACCACCACUGAGGCUUUAACUUUAGCAAGCUCUACGACUGAAGAACCGGAUGUUACAACGGACAUUGCAACAACCGUGGCUGUAGCUACAAUAAAGAUUACCACCGAAGAAGAAGAAAUUACAACAGGCAUGACCACCACUAAGGCAGCAACAACAGGAAGCUCUACAACCGUAGAGCCGGAACUUACAACAGACAAGAUCACUACUGAGACUGUAACUACAGCAAGCUCUACAACUGUAGAACCAGAUGUUACAACGGACAUUGCCAAAACCGAGGCUGUAGCUACAGUAAGAGUUACCACCGAGGAACCAGAAAUUGCAACAGACAUGGCCACCACAGACGGUGUAACUUCAGCGAGCUCUACAACUGACGAACCAGAAAUUACAACGGACAUGAUAACCACUGACGCUGCAACUACAGCAAGCUCCACAACUGACGAACCAGGCGUUACAACGGAGGCUGUAGCUACAGUAAGAGUAACCACCGAGAAACCAGAAAUUACAACAGGAAAGAUCACCACAGACGCUGUAACUACAGCAAGCUCUACAACUAGAGAACCGGUUGUUACAACGGACAUUGCCAAAACCGAGGCUGUAGCUACGGCAAGAGUUACCACCGAGGCACCAAAAAUCUCAACAGACAUUACCACCACAGACGGUGUAACUACAGCAAGCUCUACAACUCUAGAACCAGAAAUUACAACAGACAUGACCACCACUGAGGCCGUAACUUCAGCGAGCUCUACAACUGUAGAACCAGAUGUUACAACGGAGGAUGUAGCUACAGUAAGAGUUACCACCGAAGCACCAGUCAUUACAACAGAUAUUACCACCACUGUAACUACAGCAAGCUCUACAACUUUACAACCAGAAAUCACAACAGACAUCACCACCACUGACGCUGUAACUACAGCAAGCUCUACAACUAGAGAACCGGUUGUUACAACGGACAUUGCCAAAACCGAGGCUGUAGCUACAGUAAGAGUUACUACCGAUGAAAUAGAAAUUACAACAGACAUGGCCACCACGGACGGUGUAACUACAGCAAGCUCUACAACUGUAGAACCGGAAAUUACAACAUACACCACUGAGGCUGUAACUACUGCAAGCCCUGCCACUGUAGAACCGGAUGUUACAACGGACAUAACCACCACUGAGGCUGUAACCUCAGCAAGCUCUACGACUGUAGAACCAGAUGUUACAACGGAGGAUGUAGCUACAGUAAGAGUUACCACCGAAGCACCAGUCAUUACAACAGAUAUUACCACCACUGUAACUACAGCAAGCUCUAGAACUUUACAACCAGAAAUCACAACAGGCAUCACCACCACUGACGCUGUAACUACAGCAAGUUCUACAACUGACGAACCAGAUGUUACAACGGAUAUGACCACCACUAAGGCUGUAACUACAGCAAGCUCAACAACUAACGAACCAGACGUUACAACGGAGGCUGUAGCUACGGUAAGAGUUACCACCGAGAAACCAGAGAUUACAACGGAAAGGAUCACCACAGACGCUGUAACUACAGCAAGCUCUACAACUGUACAGUCGGUUGUUACAACGGACAUUGCCAGAACCGAGGCAGACAUUACAACAGGCAUGACCACCACUGGGGCAGCAACAACAGCAAGCUCUACAACUGAAGAAGCGGAACUUACAACAGACAUGAUCACCACAGAGGCCGUAACUUCAGCAAGCUCUACAACAAAAGAACCAGGUGUUACAACAAACGUAAUCACCCCUGGUUCUGUAAUUACGACCAAAGAACCAGGUAGUACAACGGACAUUGCUACCGCUGUAACUACAGCAAGUUCUACAACUGUAGAACAGGAAUCUACAACAGACAUCACUACCACUGAGACUGUAACUACAGCGAUCUCUAGAACUGAAGAACCAGAUGUUACAGUAAUCCCCACAACUGUAGAACCAGGCAUUACAACGAAAAUUACAUCCACUACGGCUUUAGCUACAGUAAGUCCUACAACUUUAGAACUGGAUGUUACAACAGACAUAAGCACCAUUGAGGCUGCAACUACAGCGAGCUCUACAAGUGUAGAACCACAUGCUUCAACAGACAUUGGUACAACCAUAGAUGUAGCUACAAUGAGAGUUUCAACUGAAGAACCAGAAAUUACAACAGGCAUAGUCACUACCCAGAGCCACACUACACCACCAGUCACAACUGCAGAAAGAACUAUACAGUACAAAACCACCAAACCAGCGUCCAGUACAGAAACAACAGAUUUCUUUUUAGACCCUGUAACUACCAGAGGGACAACUUCGAUGGCAACGACAAGUAAACAAACAACAGGUGCCGCCACAAAUGUGGGGUCGACAGUCAUACCGACAACGAACGAAAUUACAACUGACCAGAGUACAACUCAAGCGACAACACAAGAAACGGCAGUUACAACCGGUGGUCCUACAAUGCAGGUUUCUACAAUACUGCCUACCACAACAAAGCCAACAACAACAAGCGAAAUAACAACUGGUCAGAUCACAACUGAAACGACAUCACAAGAAACGACAGCCACAACCACCGGUCAAACAACACGAGCUUCUACAGUCGCAUCUACCACAACAAAGCUAUUGACAACAACGAACGAAAUAACAACCGACCAGGUCACAACUGUAACAACAAAACCGGCAACGACUGCCACAACCACUGGUCUUACAACCAGGGAUUCUACAGAAAUAUCUACUGCCACAAACAAAAUAACAACUCCUCCUGUCACAACAAACGACAAUUACAACCACCGGUCAAACAACACGAGCAUCUACCACAACAAAGCCACCGACAACAACGAACGAAAUAACAACUGGUCAGGCUACGACUGCAACUACAACACAGCCGACAACGACUGCCACGACCGCUGGUCCUACAACCAGGGCUUCUAUAGAAAUAUCUACCGCAACAAACAAAAUAACAACUCCUCCUGUCACCACUUAUAA